GUGCGGUCUCCGACAAUGUAUUGCUACCAGGGUUCAGUUCCCUUUUCAGUAAAGCAAUUAACCAAGAGACAAGAAAUGGACACGAACUGCUUCGGAGGAUGUAUUUUUCUUCAGCUCCUGCUUCUACAUCAUCACCGAGGUGUCAGAAGUUGUACGGUGGAAGUGAAACAGGAUAACUUUUGUGAAGCAUUACUGGACCAGAAAACCGCCAAUGUAUCGUGCUACUAUAAGACCAGCAACUGUACCGGCAAUGAGAAGAUAUCCUGGUUUCGAUAUCUUGUUUCUACAGCAGAAGAACUACAAUUGAAAGGAAGUCGGUUUAAAGUUUUGGAUAAUAAGAUCACCCUGAAGAUUGAGAACAUCGAAAUCCAGGAUAGUGGAAUAUACGUUUGUGGCGUAGCAUUUGAAAAAUAUUCAAACCCCACUUCAAAGGUCACAGGACCAGGAACGAUACUAACAGUACGAGAAAAGCCUGAUGUGGUGGUUACACCAACCAAUACUGCCUUAAUAGUCCUGUGUGCGCUGCUUUUAAUAUAUUGUAUAGCAGUACUUUCUUUUUACCUGUUUAAGUCAAAAUGGAAAAUCCCAAAAUUCAUACGAAAUAAACGUGGCUUCACCGUGGAAAAAGACAAAGCUCACCGGCCAAGAAGUGUUUUUCAGACAAUUGUAGCAGAAUAUCACAAGAGAUACGAUGAGAAAAUCAGAAAACAAGACGACAGCAUCUACCAGAACACGCAAGAUUUACACUGAAGCACAAGGCAGGAAUGUGUUAACCAAACGGCGAUAUCAGAAGACCAAAAAUCUGUAAAAAGUUAUUAAAAUAUUUUAGUAAUAAAAACUUUACAAACUGUA